AUGAUUGUCUGUAUUGGGUUCAUUGUGCUUCUGAUUGUUCUGGGAGUUGUAAGAAUUCGUAGCAUCCAGUUGGGAGAAGAUGCAGAAAAGGGAGUAGAAGAUCCGGAGUUGAACAUCAUCCUCAAUCCCAUGCAUCCGGAUAAUGACAUAAACGAAUGCAUGGAGGAGAACAACAAGAAUAAUAAUAACAACAACAGCAGCAACGGCAAAAAUAAUAAUAAGACGAACGGUACAUGUAAACACAGGAAGAAGAAGAACAACAACAGCGGAAACGGAAAUGAUGAAGAAGAUGAUGACGUCAUAAAUGAGGACAGCGAUGACGACGACGACGACGACGAUGAUGAAUCGUUCGGCUGCCAUGACGCCGCAUGGAAAAAUGCAGCUGUACUUCUUUGA